AUGCCCUUAGCUCCUCCUGGUACCGGCGGCUCGAUGAUGCCGCCACCUCCCGCUGCGCAUCCUUCUUACACGACGCUUCCGCCGCCUUCUAAUCCGACUCCUCCGGUGGAGCCUACUCCUGAGGAGGCCGAGGCGAAGCUUGAGGAGAAGGCCAGAAAAUGGAUGCAGCUUAACUCGAAGCGCUAUGGCGACAAGAGGAAGUUUGGAUUCGUGGAAACUCAGAAGGAGGACAUGCCACCUGAGCACGUCAGGAAGAUCAUCAGGGAUCAUGGUGAUAUGUCAUCCAAGAAAUUCCGUCACGACAAACGUGUAUACCUUGGAGCCCUUAAGUUCGUUCCUCACGCUGUUUUCAAGCUCUUGGAGAAUAUGCCUAUGCCCUGGGAGCAGGUUCGAGACGUGAAGGUUUUAUACCACAUCACUGGAGCUAUUACAUUUGUGAACGAGAUACCAUGGGUCGUGGAACCUAUUUACAUGGCUCAGUGGGGUACUAUGUGGAUUAUGAUGCGAAGGGAGAAGAGGGAUCGUCGUCAUUUCAAGAGAAUGCGUUUUCCACCAUUUGAUGAUGAGGAGCCUCCACUAGACUAUGCAGACAACUUGUUGGACGUUGAUCCUCUUGAACCAAUUCAGUUGGAGCUUGAUGAGGAAGAAGAUUCUGCUGUAUACACUUGGUUUUACGACCACAAGCCACUCGUUAAAACAAAACUGAUUAAUGGUCCCAGUUACCGGAGGUGGAACCUCUCACUUCCAAUUAUGGCUACCCUUCACAGGCUUGCAGGCCAGUUGCUUUCUGAUCUGAUUGAUCGCAACUACUUCUACUUGUUUGACAUGCCAUCUUUCUUCACAGCAAAGGCUUUGAACAUGUGCAUACCUGGUGGACCUAAGUUUGAACCUUUGUACCGUGAUAUGGAAAAAGGAGAUGAGGACUGGAAUGAGUUUAAUGACAUCAACAAGCUUAUCAUUCGUUCCCCUCUGCGAACUGAGUACAGAAUAGCGUUUCCCCAUCUCUACAAUAAUCGGCCAAGGAAAGUAAAACUCUGUGUGUAUCACAGUCCUAUGGUUAUGUAUAUAAAGACCGAGGAUCCUGAUCUUCCUGCAUUUUAUUAUGAUCCGUUAAUUCACCCGAUAAGCAACACUAACAAGGAAAAGCGUGAAAGGAAGGUGUAUGAUGACGAUGAUGAGGAUGACUUCCCUUUACCAGAAGGUGUGGAACCUUUGCUAAAAGAUACCCAACUCUACACUGACACUACAGCUGCUGGCAUAUCAUUGUUGUUUGCCCCACGACCUUUCAAUAUGAGGUCUGGGAGGACGCGCCGGGCAGAAGAUAUUCCCUUGGUGUCAGAGUGGUUCAAAGAGCAUUGUCCUCCAGCCUAUCCUGUUAAAGUUCGGGUUAGUUACCAGAAGCUAUUGAAAUGCUAUGUGCUGAAUGAGUUGCACCAUAGACCACCUAAAGCUCAGAAGAAGAAGCACUUGUUUCGAUCUCUUGCAGCUACGAAGUUUUUCCAAAGUACCGAACUGGAUUGGGUUGAAGUGGGUCUGCAAGUCUGUCGUCAGGGUUAUAAUAUGCUGAAUCUACUGAUUCAUAGGAAGAAUUUAAACUACCUGCAUCUUGACUACAACUUCAACCUAAAGCCUGUGAAAACUUUGACCACCAAAGAGCGUAAAAAGUCACGUUUUGGGAACGCUUUCCAUCUCUGCCGUGAGAUUCUCCGACUGACAAAACUUGUAGUUGAUGCGAAUGUCCAAUUCCGACUUGGUAAUGUUGAUGCCUUCCAAUUGGCUGACGGUCUGCAAUAUAUUUUCUCUCACGUUGGGCAGUUGACGGGUAUGUAUCGUUAUAAAUACAGACUGAUGAGGCAGAUUAGGAUGUGCAAGGAUUUGAAGCACUUGAUAUAUUACCGUUUCAAUACUGGUCCUGUGGGUAAGGGUCCAGGGUGUGGAUUUUGGGCUCCAAUGUGGAGGGUAUGGUUGUUUUUCCUUCGGGGAAUAGUUCCUCUUCUUGAACGAUGGUUAGGGAAUCUUCUUGCACGUCAAUUUGAGGGGCGUCAUUCAAAAGGAGUGGCCAAAACAGUCACAAAACAGAGAGUUGAAAGCCAUUUUGAUUUGGAGCUUCGAGCUGCUGUCAUGCAUGACGUCCUUGAUGCCAUGCCAGAGGGUAUCAAGCAAAAUAAAGCCCGGACCAUAUUGCAGCACCUUAGUGAGGCAUGGCGGUGCUGGAAAGCUAAUAUCCCAUGGAAGGUCCCUGGGUUACCUGUUCCAAUUGAGAAUAUGAUCCUCCGUUAUGUCAAGUCUAAGGCUGAUUGGUGGACGAAUGUUGCUCACUACAAUCGUGAGCGUAUCCGAAGAGGGGCUACUGUUGAUAAGACAGUUUGUAGAAAGAAUCUCGGGAGGUUGACUCGUCUUUGGCUUAAGGCAGAACAGGAACGACAGCACAAUUACCUGAAAGAUGGUCCGUAUGUCACUCCGGAAGAAGCACUUGCAAUCUAUACAACAACUGUUCAUUGGCUGGAAUCAAGNAUAUAUAUAUAA